UCUUCUCCCAUAAGGAAUUUGACACUCAGUUGAACAGUAACACCCUUAUUGGAUGCUUUCAGUUCUAUGGAUCAAUGCACUUUUGAAUCUGGACUUUGCCCCUGUCUUUUAUGACGAAGUCUUGGUAGUAUUUGUUCAGAGUUCCGCAAUAGAAACCCCAGGCCUGGAAUAUGAACGGUAUCUGGAGAAGAGAGAAAUAGAUUCAUCCAUAAAUAACACAGAAAAUACAUUGCCGGACACAACAGGUGUGUGACCCAGGGGUUCCAGGAUGUACAGUCCCUAUGGCUUGGACUCUAGCAGUUACGCAGGAUCUGUCCAGUCCGUCCAGUCCAAUGGUCUUUCAGUGGAUGAUCGGUUAUCACAGAUAUCAAAUUUGUCCAGACCAAGUGCCAAGUCAAUAUACAUGCAGAGGAAGGAGUAUGCGGACUCUAUCACCAAGAUGAUGAACAAAUUCCAGUACAGAGUAGAGCAUCUGUUCACCUGUGACCUGGAUGGUAGGGAGGUGUGUGAUGUGAAUGACUGUGUUGAGAGGCUAAAGCUGCUGGAUGGGAUGGGCCGGGUCUGGGGGCAGGACAUGGUCCUGGAGGUGCGGGAUGGGAACCUGCUGCUAACAGACAUCGAGACUAAGGUUCCAGAUACAGCCGCAUCCUUUAACUGAGCCUGCAUGAGAUGGUGUGGAGACUGCCGGUCUGUAACUGUUCCCCCCCACCAUGACAGCUCCUCUUGCACUGAUGGCCUUAGUGUGACCGUGGAUAUCCAAGUUUAACAGUCAUGCUGUUGUGGCUGAACAUUACUGAGUGUUGCUUUUACCAUCUCAGGAGGAGCUGGAGUCCCUGGCUCUGAGCAGCAUCACGGAGCUAAAGGCUGUGAUGGACAGCUGUGUGUACAACUCCCUGCUGACUGCGACCGUCAAGGACCACAGCAAGAGGACCACCAGUGUCUUCAUUUUCCAGUGUGAGGACCUCAGGGCCGAUUUCAUAAAACGGGACCUAGAGAGAGUGUUCCCUCACCAGAGAGAUGACGUUAACAAUCACAGCAACAACAGCAGGAGCAAUCUGGAAGUUAUGGCUGGCCAUCAAAUUGUUAGGAAUCUUCAGAAUGCUGACCCACCAACUGAGCAGAGAGAAUGGACUCCUCCCGAAGAUCCCUCAGCUCAAUGGAGCGCUCCGGACUAUGAUGAAGAUCUUACACCUGUACCUACGCCUACACCGCCCAUGCCCAGAGAAGAGCCCCUCCCUCCCAGGAAGGAAACCCCAGUUCAACACCUCUUUAUGGAGGAGGAGCCUGAGCCUGAGCCAGCCCUUGUCUCUCCUCCACGCCCAUACACAGAGACUAAUAGGAAUGUGGACAUCGUGAAUCAUAUUUUCAAUGACAUUGAGAUCUUUAUGGGCAAAGUCGCUGCUGCAGCAGCCAAAGCCGAGAAGAAGAAAAAUAAAAAGAAGAAGAAUAAGGAUAAAGGUGUGUGUUUCUCCUUAUUCCAAAGAAGGCUACACCAGUGGAGCCAGAGAUACCGUACGGGGUAUACAUUUAAAGGCAUUAAAGGCAUGCCACCACCAGAGGAAUUUGAAACCUGUCUCCAGAAAAUCAAAUGCGGGUUCAACCUUCUGGGGGAGCUCAAUGGAAAGAUUAGUCAUCCCAGUGCUCCGGAAUUUGUCCACAGCCUCUUCUCCACCCUGGCAUUUGUGGUGUCCCACAGCCCUGAGGAGCUGCCCCCCACCAUCGUGGCGCCCCUGCUAAAGCCUGAGUGUAUCCGUCUGCUGAGUGAGGAGGCCACUCCUGAGGAGGACCAGCUGUGGCAGUCGCUGGGAGACGCCUGGAACGUCCCCAGUACAAAAUGGCUAGAGGAUGAUGAGGACAUCCCUACCUACACUCUGGAGUUCUAUGAUGGUUGGCAGCCCCUGGAGUUGACCCGCUCUUUCCCAGGGAGAGAGCCUGAGAGAGGGCAGCAGAGUCAGAAACAGAGUCAGAGUCAGAGUCCACGCUCCACCACUGAAAAGAGGUCGGCCCCAUUCAAGCCUCCACCAUCACGUCCAGAUGUGCCAAACUCCAGUUACAUGCGUGUGAUGUAUGACUUCACGGCAAGGAACAACAGAGAGCUGAGCAUCUCCAAGGGAGAGGUGGUUCAGCUACUGGACAUGUCAAAGAAAUGGUGGCGAGUAAGGAGCGACAGAGGAGAGGAGGGCUUCAUACCCAACAAUGUACUGGAGUCACAGGACAAGGAGCAGGAAAAGCAGGAAACCAGUGGUCCUCCCUCCCUAACCAAGAGGUCCAAGCCUGACCAAGUGAAGGCCUGGCUAGAGUAUAAGGGCUUCAGUAAAAUCACGGUGCGCUGUCUGGGUGUGCUGAGUGGCUCUAUGCUCCUGGGGAUGACGAGAGAAGAGCUGAAGAUAGUGUGUCCUGAGGAGGGGGGGCGGGUUUUCUUCCAGCUCCAGAACAUCAAGUCUACCAUGGCUCUUGCCAGUGAGGUAAGGCCCAUAGAGCCUUAGGAGGGGAGGAGACGGGAGGACCAGAGUCACAAAUGUGUCGUGACUUUUAAGUUUUAUCCCUUUUCGCUGUGCAAUAGAAAAAUUCUGAUUAUAACUACUGAAAACACUGAGUAAGCUGAGUUUAUUUAAAAGUAUGUAGCGUGGAAGUAUCAAAACUCUAUAUUUUUUUGUUCCAUUUCAUAAUCCAAUAUUUAAAGAAAGAGUCUCUCUAUAAAUAUAUAUAUAUAUUCUGUGUACACUGUUAACUUCAGUACUAUAUUUAACCAUAUGUAUUCUAUAAAACCAGUGUUGAUGCCACUUGAUUCUAUGAUUGAUCUUGAGGAUUUUAUUAAAGUCACCAUUUCUACAUGCAUAAAUGAAUGUUAAGUGUUACAAUACUUUUUCUGUAUAGUAUCGUGUUGUUAAUGUAAUGUAAUCAACUGACAUAUAUUUUACUUCGGUAGUGAGUAAAAUAUAUGUACACUUCAAUGAGUAAAUCACAUUAUAUCAAAUCAAGUCAGUCUCUAUAAUCUAAGCAUGUAUCUCAAUGUUGGAACUGUCUAUCCACAUACAGUACAGUACCAGUCAAAGGUU